AGCCGCGCGCACCUGCUUGUUGCAGACGACAAAGUUCGGGUUCCAUCAGUUAUGUCUGCGGAACAGAAUCCUAGAUCGAGAGAAAACAUGAGCCUUCUUCACGAAAUUUUAGUGACGGUCAAAAAUGUUUGUGUUGCAUAUUUCGUAUCUUUUUAUCGCUUCUUUAUUCCUCAGUCGCCAAAAUCAGUUUUCGGUGACAUUGUUUUGAUAACGGGAUCGGGUAGUGGAAUGGGUCGUCAGCUCGCGGUUGAGUUUGCAAAGCGUGGAGCGGUGAUUGUUCUGUGGGAUAUUGAUAAAGAAGGAAAUAACGAGACACUAACAAUAAUUGAGGAUAUCGGAGGGACAGCGCAUUCCUUCAUUGUUGAUGUCAGUGACCGACAGGCAGUGUACCGGACAGGAGAGCAGGUCAGGCAGGAGGUGGGAGAUGUCACUAUCUUGAUCAACAAUGCUGGAGUUGUUACUGGCAAGUCGCUGUUGGAGUCUCCGGAUCACAUGAUUGAGAGAACUUUUGAUGUUAAUCUACUUGCUCACUUCUGGACAGUAAAGUGUUUUUUACCUGCUAUGCUACGGAGGAACCACGGACAUGUUGUCAAUAUAGCCAGCUCUGUCGGACUUGUUGGUGUCAACAAGCUGACAGACUAUUCAGCUUCCAAAUUUGGAGUGGUGGGUUUCACGGAGGUGUUGAACUAUGAGAUAGUGUUUGCUGGUUAUGAUCAAGUCCAUACUACCGUAGUGUGCCCAUCGUAUACAAAAACAGGGAUGUUUGAAGGCUGUGAAAUGAGAUUCCCUGCAGUUAUACCACCCCUUGAGACCAGGGCUACAGUGGAGAAGAUCAUUCAGGGAAUUCUAACCAAUCAACAUCAGAUCUGUAUUCCACGCCUGGUGUAUGUCGUAUCAGUGCUGAAGACAAUGCUGCCAACAGAUGCUAUGGUGGAAAUUGUCAAGUUUUUUGGAGCAGAUAAGUUCAUGGACACAUAUACAGGAAGGAAGUGAAAUUCCUUCAAAGAGAUUUAGAUGUCAUAUGAGGAACUUGCUCAAUCACUAUAGUCAUCAUGUGAGAAUCUUGCUCAACCAAUCACUAUAGAUAUAUCCAUUAAGACUAUGAAGCAGAGGCUCACUAAGGUUGGCAUCAAGCAUUACAGAAUGUCUUCUAAGCCUUAAGUAUCACAUGACAUUUUUACGACGCAGUGGACAUCCUUGCAAUGAGAUUUUGAUGGUAAGAAGAUUUAGUUGACUCUUUGGUUGCCAAUAGGACAAAUUAUACAUUAAACGAUCGUUUACUUACUCAAGUCAAUAUACAAGUACUAGAAUCUGUACUUUCUGAGAAAGUGUAAUCACAAAUAUAACAUGUGUUACGUUAUUGCUCUGAUGGUGACAUUUAAGGCAUGAGGAUCACGGGAGCAUAAUGAUAUUUAUCACAGGGAAGAUAAUUUCUGUAUCCACAUGGAAUACUUUUAUACAAUUAAGGUUGUAACAGAAAGCUGUAUUCAAACCAUUGAUGGUGGGUGAUAUUGUAUUCCAAAGUGCUGUCUGGCACUGUUUUGAGAGGAAUGUAGACAAUAUUUGAUUACUGGUACCUUAGUAUUUUUCAUAAUUCUAAAACUGUUGUGAGUGACUUAAGAGUUACACUUAAAACAUGUAAAACUCACCUUGUGUCUCAUCAUACAAUUGUAAUGAGCUCAGAUAAGGUUUUACUGUCAUCAGUGGAAACUGAGGUUUCUCUUUCAGCCAAAGACAUAGUAAGGAGACCUGUGGGUAGCUGUAUCACAGCACUAAGAUUGUUUUAUGUUGAAGUUGACAUACUGAGGGUAUGAAUGCUACAGUUUUUAGCGCCUUGCUCUGAUGAGCACCCCCUGUGCAACAUCUAAACCACUCAGUAUGAUAGUUUUACAGAAGUAGCAAUGGUGCCAAAACUAUUAUCAAAAGAGUAUAACCUACGUUUGUGUAGUAUUGCUUGUCUCUAAGAUAAUGUUUACUCAGCAGUACUGGCUUGAUAAGCCGUGGUAGCCAGUGCAGUGAAGGCAGCGGAGACACUUUCGAGAUGUGUGAGAAAUUGUGUCUGUACUGUUCAGAUGAGGUAAAUAAUGUGUGUGGCAAUGUGUGUGAUGUUUGAGUCACUGUACCUGAUGUUGGAGUUAAUGGGUCGAAUUUCAGUUGCAAAUUCAAACAAAUUUGUUAUGUCUUACUGAAACAUUUGUAAAUCAUUGCCAAUGACUGAAUCUUCAUGUAUAUGUACAGAGUGAAAGGUCAUGUAUAUGUACAGAGUGAAAGGUCAAGUACAUUUACCAGGGUUUUACGCUACACACAAAUGUGUGUUCAAAUGUAGAGAUGGACGCAGAAAGCUCCAAAUCCUGCUUCCAGAGAGAUGCACCAAAAUACCAAAAUCAUACCUACAGCGCAUCAAGAGUAGUAAUCUGUGUCUGUAAUUUGACCCAUCAGUCAUGAACACUGUCCAUAUGACUACUGAUUCAUUCCAGGCUCUGAAGUAAUUAUCCGAACCUACACUACUCUACACCAUUGGAUCAUACAAUUUCAAUACAACUUUACAGUGACCCUUAUGUACAGGUUACAUACAAGCUUUCAGUAAAGAAACUAAACUGGACUCAAAUGAAGUUCAGUCAUUUUUCUUGUCUACAUUGUCAAUCGACAUCUGUAUAUGUAUGUGUAACAACUGGCCACAAAUUACUGUCAUGCUCAAAAUUCAGAAUGUUUUCAUGUUCAGUCAUUCACCAGCUUCAGUGUACAUGUGUAUCAUUAUCUCACAAGAAGCAGUUAAUAUUCUACCUUGACACACCUAAAUGAAAACAGUUCUGAAAAGACUGUCACAGAAAAUAUUACAUUUUUAAUCAAAGAGUAAUUCAUAGUGCUUGUCUGAAUAAUGUUCAUAAUGAAAUGUAUUUCUGUAAAUGUGUACUUGUGAUUUUUGUAAAGCAUUUAGGGAAUUGUGCAAAGAGUUGUUUAGACCAACUAUAUCUUUAGUCGCACAGCUUUUUAACCUGUAUAUACUCGACAGUUGAUGUUUUAUAACGUUUACAUAUUGUUUUCAUUGUGAUGUUGCUGUGCUCAGGGAGGGAUGCCCAUGCAGGUUUGAGUGAGUGAGUGGGUUUACAGCUUUUUGGAGCAGUAGUUCUGUCUGUGAGUGUGGAAACUGGACCUCUAUAAUCAUUUCACUCUCUUGCCCGGGGAAGAUGCAGUUUUAUACAAUAUACAGUAAGAAAAUAAACCACAAGAAUUUAUAUCAUAUGACUUACUUGAGGCAAAUCUAGUUCAAGGAUAUAUUUUACAUUUCCUGGUUGUGUUUUUCUUUUAAUCAAUCCUUUCCUUUGUUAAUGGUGCACUUGUAUUUGUUUCUUGUUGAACAGAUUGAAUGUUGUCACACUUUAAAUGUAAAUGAUCAUGUAUUAGAUUUUAUCUAUAAAAUAAGAAAAUUA